GGCGCUCUGAGGCGCGGGGCGCGGCGGGCGCAGGGCUCAUGUAAUCAAAGAAGUUUCUUUGUUGUGUGUAUCUUUUCAGAACACAACAGGAAUUGAAAAUGAAUCAGAACACUGAGCCUGGUGCAGCUGCUGAGAGCCUGGCCGAGGUACCUGAACACGUGCUCCGAGGACUUCCGGAGGAAGUGAGGCUUUUCCCGUCUGCUGUGGACAGGACUCGGAUUGGUGUCUGGGCCACUAAGCCAAUUUUAAAAGGCAAAAAGUUUGGGCCAUUUGUUGGUGAUAAGAAAAAAAGAUCUCAGGUUAAGAAUAAUGUGUACAUGUGGGAGGUCUAUUACCCAAAUCUGGGAUGGAUGUGCAUUGAUGCCACGGACCCAGAGAAGGGGAACUGGCUGCGGUAUGUGAAUUGGGCUUGCUCCGGAGAAGAGCAGAAUUUAUUUCCGCUGGAGAUCAACAGGGCCAUUUAUUACAAAACUUUGAAGCCAAUCGCGCCGGGCGAGGAGCUCCUGGUCUGGUACAAUGGGGAAGACAACCCCGAGAUAGCAGCUGCGAUUGAGGAAGAGCGAGCCAGCGCCCGGAGCAAGCGGAGCUCACCGAAAAGCAGGAAAGGGAAGAAAAAAUCCCAGGAAAGUAAAAACAAAGCAAACAAAACCGAAGACCUACAGCUGAAGACAAGUGAGCCAGAUUCUGCUUCUGCAAAUAUGAGAGAUUCUGCGGAAGGUCCCAAAGAAGAGGAUGAGAAGCCCUCAGCCUCAGCCUCAGCCGCGGAGCAGACCGCCGUUCUGCAGGAGGCGGCCAGUCAGGAUGUGCUUCCGGAGCUGGUAGCUCCCCCCGCUGCCUGUGAGCCCCACACAGAACCAACAGAACCAGACGAGAAGCCAGAAGCCACGAACUGUGAGGGGAAUGAUUUGGAGGAAGAGGAGGAAGAGGAAGAAGAUGAGGAGGACGAGCUGGAGGAAGAGGGGGAGGAGGAAGCGGACAUGCCAAAUGAAAGCUCUAUGAAAGAGCCAGAAAUACGCUGUGAUGAGAAGCCAGAAGAUUUAUUAGAAGAACCAAAAAAUGUUUCAAAAGAAAUGCUUGCGGGCUCUCUGGAGGUUCCACCUGUUCCCAGAACUCCCAAAGCUAAAGAAGAGGCCAACGGCGAUCUGUUCGAGACGUUUCUGUUUCCGUGUCAGCAUUGUGAGAGGAAGUUCACGACCAAACAGGGGCUCGAACGGCACAUGCACAUUCACAUAUCCACGGUCAAUCAUGCUUUCAAGUGCAAGUACUGCGGGAAGGCGUUCGGCACGCAGAUCAACCGGAGGCGGCACGAGCGGCGCCACGAGGCGGGGCUGAAGCGGAAGCCCAGUGUCCCGCCGCAGCCGCCCGAAGAGCCGGCCGAUGGCAGGGCGCCUGGGGACGGGCCUGCCGCGAAGGAUGGCUCGCCGCCGUCCGGGCUCGGGCAGGACUCGCUGCUCGCACAUCCAGAGAAGGCCCCCCAAGAGACCGUCCAGUCUUCUGUUGGAGAAGAAAACGGGGAAGUCAAAGAGCUUCAUCCGUGCAAAUACUGUAAGAAGGUUUUCGGGACGCACACCAACAUGAGACGGCAUCAGCGCAGGGUGCACGAGCGCCACCUGAUUCCCAAGGGCGUGCGGCGGAAAGGGGGCCUCCUGGAGGAGCCACGCCCCCCCGCGGAGCCCGCCCCGCCCGCCCCCAGUGUCUACGUGCCCAGCACAGAGCCGGAGGAGGACGGGGAGGCUGAUGACGUGUACAUCAUGGAUAUCUCCAGCAAUAUCUCGGAAAACCUGAAGUUCUACAUUGAUGGCAAAAUUCAGACCAGCAGCAGCACGAGUAACUGUGACGUCAUCGAGAUGGAGUCAGGCUCGGCAGACUUGUACGGGAUAAAUUGUCUGCUCACUCCGGUCACGGUGGAGAUCACCCAAAACGUCAAGACUGCGCAGGCCUCCCUAGCAGAUGAUCUUCCUAAAGAGCCUUCCAGCGGCACAAACAGUGAGUCCAAGAAACGGAGAACGGCGAGUCCUCCCACACUACCUAAAAUCAAAGCCGAGACGGAGCCUGACCCCUCCGUGCCCUCGUGUUCCUUACUGCCUCUCACCAUAGCCACGUCAGAGGCCGUGUCUUUCCACAAAGAGAAAGGCGUGUACUUGUCAUCGAAGCUCAAACAACUUCUUCAGACCCAGGACAAGCUAACGCCUCCUGCAGGCAUUUCCACGACCGAAAUCCCGAAGUUAGGGCCCGUUUGUGUGUCCGCUCCCGCGUCGAUGCUCCCCGUGACCUCGAGCAGGUUUAAGCGGCGGACCAGUUCUCCUCCCAGUUCCCCGCAGCACAGUCCCGCCCUUCGAGACUUUGCGAAGCAGAGCGACGGCAAAGCAGCGUGGACUGAUGGAGUUCUAGGUUCCAAAAAGCCCAAAUUAGAAAGCCACAGCAGCUCACCGGCGUGGAGUUUAUCUGGGAGAGAGGAGAGAGAAGCCGGGAGCCCGCCGUGCUUUGACGAAUAUCCAGCAUCCAAGGAGUGGGCAGCCAGUUCUACUUUCAGCAAUGUGUGCAACCAGCAGCCGCUCGAUUUAUCCAGCGGUGUCAAACAGAAGGCUGAGGGCACAGGCAAGACUCCCGUCCAGUGGGAAUCCGUAUUGGAUCUCAGCGUGCAUAAGAAGCCGUGUGGCGACUCGGAAGGCAAGGAGUUCAAAGAAAACCAUCUGGUGCAGCAAGCCUGCAAUGCUGUAAAGAAAAAGAAACCAACCACGUGCAUGCUGCAGAAGGUUCUUCUCAAUGAGUACAAUGGCCUCGAUUUACCGGUAGAGAGUGCUGCAGAUGUGACGCGGAGCCCGAGUCCUUGUCAGUCCCUGAAUCCCCAGCCAGACGCUGGCCUUGGCCCGGAUUCCAGUUUACCGGCCCCUGUGGCUGAGUCCCCACCCGAUGCCUCUCCUUCCUCACCUGCCCUGCAGACCUCUUCCCUUUCUUCUGGGCAGCUGCCUCCUCUCUUGAUCCCAACACACCCCCCUUCCCCCCCACCCUGCCCUCCGGUGUUGACUGUUGCCACGCCACCGCCUCCACUCCUUCCUACUGUCCCUCUUCCGGUCCCUUCUUCCGGGGCUUCUCCCCGUCCGUGUCCCUCUCCUCUCUCGACUGCCACCGUGCAGUCCCCGCUUCCCAUUCUCUCCCCUACAGUGUCUCCGUCACCAUCUCCCAUCCCUUCCGUGGAGCCGCUCACGUCUGCUGCCUCGCCCGGACCCCCCACCCUUUCCUCGUCUUCUUCCUCCUCGUCUUCCUCCUCUUCCUUCUCCUCUUCGUCUUCCUCCUCUUCCCCCUCGCCGCCACCGCUCUCAGCAGUAUCCUCUGUUGUUUCCUCUGGGGAUAAUCUGGAAGCUUCUCUCCCCAUGAUAACCUUCAAGCAGGAGGAACUAGAGAAUGAUGAUCCGAAGCCCAGGGAAGAAGCCCAGUCUGCAGUUGAACAGGAGAUUGUUCAGGAAACAUUCAACAAAAACUUCAUCUGCAAUGUCUGUGAAUCACCUUUUCUUUCCAUUAAAGAUCUAACCAAACAUUUAUCUGUCCAUGCUGAAGAAUGGCCCUUCAAAUGUGAAUUUUGUGUGCAGCUCUUUAAGGCUAAAACUGAUCUGUCAGAACAUCGCUUUUUGCUUCAUGGCGUUGGGAAUAUCUUUGUGUGUUCAGUUUGUAAAAAAGAAUUUGCUUUUCUGUGCAAUUUGCAGCAGCACCAGCGAGAUCUCCACCCAGACAAGGUGUGCACCCACCAUGAGUUUGAAAGCGGCACCCUGAGGCCCCAGAACUUCACCGACCCCAGCAAGGCCCAUCGGGAGCACAUGCAGAGUUUGCCAGAAGAUCCUUUAGAGGCGUCGAAAGAAGAAGAAGAGCUGAAUGAUUCCUCCGAAGAGCUUUACACAACCAUAAAAAUAAUGGCUUCUGGCAUAAAGACGAAAGACCCGGAUGUCCGACUGGGGCUCAAUCAGCAUUACCCGAGCUUUAAACCACCCCCAUUUCAGUACCAUCACCGGAACCCCAUGGGCAUCGGUGUGACGGCCACAAAUUUCACUACACACAAUAUUCCACAGACGUUCACCACUGCCAUCCGCUGCACAAAGUGCGGGAAGGGUGUUGACAACAUGCCGGAGUUGCAUAGACACAUCCUGGCGUGUGCUUCGGCCAGUGACAAGAAGAGGUAUACCCCUAAGAAAAACCCAGUGCCCUUGAAGCAGACUGUCCAGCCCAAAAACGGUGUGGUGGUUCUCGAUAACUCCGGGAAGAACGCCUUCAGACGAAUGGGACAGCCCAAAAGACUGAACUUUAGCGUCGAGCUCAGCAAAAUGUCCUCGAACAAGCUCAAACUAAACGCACUGAAGAAAAAAAACCAGCUGGUCCAGAAAGCAAUCCUUCAGAAAAACAAAUCUGCGAAGCAGAAGGCCGACUGCAAAACCGCCUGUGAGUCGUCUUCGCACAUCUGCCCGUACUGUAACCGGGAGUUCACGUACAUCGGGAGCCUGAACAAACACGCCGCCUUCAGCUGUCCCAAAAAACCGCUCUCUCCUUCCAAAAAAAAAGUUUCCCACUCAUCCAAGAAAGGCGGACACUCCUCACCUGCAAGUAGCGACAAAAACAGCAGCAGCCACCGGCGACGGACGGCGGACGCGGAGAUUAAGAUGCAGAGCACGCAGGCUCCUCUGGGCAAGACCAGAGCGCGCAGCUCGGGCCCCGCACCGGUCCCGCUGCCCUCCUCGUCCUUCAGGUCCAAGCAGAAUGUCAAAUUCGCGGCUUCGGUCAAGUCCAAAAAGCCAAGCUCCUCCUUAAGGAACUCGAGCCCGAUCAGAAUGGCCAAAAUAACUCACGUUGAGGGGAAAAAGCCCAAAGCUGUGGCCAAGAAUCAUUCUGCUCCACUCGCGAGCAAGACGGCCCGCGGCCUGCACGUGCGGGUGCAGAAGAGCAAAGCCGUCCUGCAGAGCAAAUCCGCUUUGGCCAGUAAGAAAAGAACAGAUCGGUUCAAUGUAAAAUCUAGAGAACGAAGUGGGGGGCCGGUCACCCGAAGCCUCCAGCUGGCAGCCGCUGCCGACCCGGGGGACAGCAGGAGGGAGGACAGCGGUGGCAAGCAGGAGCUGAAGGACUUCAGACAGAGGAAUAAGAAACGGGCCAGAUUCCGAAGAAAGGAGAGGAGGGAGCGCGGACAGCCUUGCGUGAGGGCGCAGAGCCUGGCAGGUCCCUCAGGCGGGGGUGUCCGUGCCUUUGUUCCCCCCGGUAAUGGCAGAAGAAUUCAUCUUAGGGUGGAGGUGACGUCACCGUUUUAUUCUGUGUCCUCCCUGUAUUAAGAACUGUUCUCAGUGACACAUUAAAGACACAGGGCAGUGGUUCAAUUUGUCAUACUGACUUUCAGACUUUCCAAGUUACUCCGGUAACCUGAGCUGAUGUGUGGUCUCGGAAUCCCUGCUCCUGGGUGAUUCCUCCAGGUGAAUCCCGUGUGACAUAGGCAGCAUCAGAUAGAAUUGCUGCAAAAUAACUUCCAAAUCUUGUCCUUUCAGAGUGACGAGCUGCUCGGCUCUAGGCUUUCUUGGCUGUAACUUUGAGUGUCUGAAAACUCUGGUGUUUCAGGCAAAGCAUUAGUAUGAAUUCUGAGGAGUGCAAGCGUUAGAAUGAAUUCUGGGGCGUGACUGCCAUCUCGGAGAGUCCUGAGGACGCCGGGGUGCUGUGGUCACUGCACAGUUGAUGAGCAGAGUCCUUGGUGCAGGUGUGCCUUAAGUCAUGGCUGAAGAAAGAUGGAGAGAAGGGUCAUCAGCCAAGGCUGAUGAGAAUAAUUUACCGUAGGAAGGAAGGGUCACAGUUUUAAAGAGCGACUUUCAUGAGUGAACUAAAUAAUCCGUCACGGUACUUCCCGAUCGGCGUCUGGUCUCCGGCCAUGGCAUAUGCCUAACCUAGCAUCUUGGAGCUUAGCCCCAGCAACAGUGCGCACCUGUUUCUCAGCUCUUCAAGCUGCCUGCCUGUGGCAGUUUAACUGUGUACCUGUUUGUACCCCGUCUGUGUUCUGGAAGUUCCACGGCAACAGGAUGUUCUUGAACCGAGUCCUUUUCAAGGUUAAAGAACCAGAAAAUGCCAUCAUUUUCAUAGACCGUACUGAAAACGCCUCCCAGGUGGUUGAUGCUCUAGAAUGUACUGUGCAUCCCUUUUUGUCUGCAGUGUCACCUGAAAGCAUCACUCAUUUUAUACCGGAUCCCAGUUUAUACAGUUCAAGGGUGAGGUUAUGAAAAAUUAAAGUACGUGAAGGUGAACUCUGAGUGACUGUACAUGUAUGAAGUUCAUUCACUUGGGCUCUUACUCAUCCAGUGCUUUUUGAAGAACCCUGAAAACUUCAAAGGACCAAAGUGCCUAAUAAAAUUUUGUCUCUUUUCUUUGCUCCAGUUAAUCUUAAUAAUUUUGCUUUAUUUGAUAGUUAAUAGAGGGUUCCAUGGCUGGAAUGGAUUUGGCCUAAAAGGAAACACUGAAGAGUCUGAUACGAAAACAUUGCUGUUCUUUCCAGCGGGUAGAUGGUGGCAGCAGGACUCCCCUUCCCGGUGGUGGCCCCGGUGGCAUAACUUGCUGGCACUAUACUGUGGGCACAUCUGAAGGAAGGAUGUGUGUCUUACACUGGGGUGGAGGUGUGGAGGCGGAGAGGGAGAGGGCUGCUUACGGGUGACCACAGAUUUGUGAAGUACUUUGGGGAAGUGAAAAAAUCAACAUGUUCCAUAGGACUUCAUAGUUUAAUUAUCUGCACCCAAAAGCGGGCAUUUCUUUGGAGAGUUUGUGAUCUUCUUAGCACCUUGUUGUGCAUUUGCUGUAAAACUGGGAUUCCUAAGCUCCGGCCUUGGGCAAUUGGGGGGUCAUCACUGUCCAGCCCAGAGCUCUUAGAAAGCCAGCCUCAUCCUCCCUCCGUGUUGGAACGGAAUUCUUUUAGCUGUCGUCUUCGUCCCUUCUCUAUAUUUCCGCUUGCAGAUUUUAUUCAGGGAUGAUUUCAUGGCACAUGUUGAGAAGGAACUGCUUUGGGUUGGUUUUUUUCAGUGAUUUUGCUUUACUUGGUGCAUUGCAUAUUCAAGACUUGCACCGAAUUGGCCAUACAUCCUUUUCCUGUGUGUCUCAGCCUAACAGACUGUGAUGGAGAGCUAGUCCCUAGCCCUUGGACAUUUUGCAUUUGAAUGCCAGUUGAGGAUUCCACAGUUUCUCAAGCCAUGUGAAUGAAGUCAGAGUUUCCCACUGACUACUGAGGGCUCAGCAGAAUUUGCCAGUUGGUCAUUUCCUGGAGCACAAGACAUUGUGCCAGUCAGGGUGUAACAAAGACAUGUGUUCCAAGUCUCUUCUUAGCACAGAGCCGCAGAGGACACCAGGCAUACCACCCAUCUUUAGAUGGUCCUGGGACAGCUGUCAGCCCAGCGUGCUCUACUCUGUGUUGGGCUCCCCUCCCACGGUCAGUGGCAGGGGCCACCUGUGUGUUGUGGGACUGGAGUUAGAGCUUUUGCUAAGGGCUCACUUCCACCUGCUGUAAGGAAGAGAGACCAGCAUCUCUGGUCUUUGUAAAUUUCAAGGUGUUCUUACUGUUCUAUUUAAUGCUUCUCUUAGAGCAACUUAAAAAAAAAUACUGUGUACCCGUUAAACACUUAAAGACUGAGAAGACCAUGUUUUCCUGCUGGCCAUGGAUUGAUUUAAAAUACAUGGAUUGAUUGAUGCUAAGUUUUCACAUACCUGUCUCUGCCACACACUGCUCCAAAGAGACCUGCUUGUGGUCCCUUCCAGCCUCUCCUAAGUUGGCUACCCAAGUUCCUGUGCACCUUCAGAGUCCUUCUGUUGCUGUCGUGGAACGGUCUAUGCACCGUUAAGUUAACACGGUCAAGUCAUGUCAGGUGGUGGGACGUUGCCAUUCAUCUUCAGUUUCCUUAUUUUCUAGGAGCUUCCUGUAGAAAAGCCCCCCAGACAAAGCAAACCUUAAUAGGCUAAAUAAAGAUUGCAUGCUCCACUUAAGAUAAGCACUCCGGCCGAGGAUCCGAGAUCUACCACGCUCGCAAGACCAGUUGAAGCUGACUCAAAAAUCCUAACACACGACUGACUGUCGGCAGGCUUCUCAGUGCCCUGGUUAGGGUCUGGUCUCCACUGCUUUGCCAGAGCCCAGGCACGUGCGCUGGGCUCCCGGGCGAUCGGGGUACAAGGAGGAGGGCAUGUGGCCACGGUACUGGGGGCUCAGAUCUAAGCACAGCCCUGGGUCUUGGCACACAACAGAGAAGGGAAUGAUUGGAUGGAACUUAACCUGCAGAGCAAGUUGUGGUUUAUGAUUAGUUCUCUGUAGAUUUCAGGGAUGACAUAUUCUGCGCACUCACUCGAAAAUGUCUUGGUCAUACACCAGCUCUUGAUGCCUUUCUUUUAAAUGAGUUCUACACAGAGAGGCCUUGAGCUUCUCUUAGCUUAUUGGUUCUUUUUGUUUGUUUGUUUUUGUUUUUUAAACAAGCAGAUUGCCAGCAUAAUGGAGAGGAAACCAGAUUGGAUAUGGACUCUUUUUUUUUUUAAUGCUUCUUCCACUGUCCUGUUCAUAUAUCCAGAUGGACGUUAUCCUCUCCGAUGAUUAUCUGGCACUAAUUUAUAACUAUUAUCGGAGACUAUGUAGCAGUAUAUCUGCAGCCAGGAUGCACCGUAGGCCUCUAUAGAUGUAUGUGCACACGUAAGUAUAAAUGAACUUACAUGCCAGGUUUUACACUUCCGUCUCUAAAAGAGAGCAGAAAGCCCCCAAAUUGGCCUUGUCCUGAGUCGAUGUAAGUGUUGCUUCUCUCUGCAUUCUAUGCCUUCCCCUUAAUUGAUGACUGAGUUGGUGGAAAAUGGCUUGGUUUUAUUCAUGUUGUUUUUUGUUCUCAACUUUAAAAGUAAUCUACCUCUGAAAAUGUGUAGUUCGAUGCUUGUUUGGUGAAUUUGUGCCACUUUAACCCUUUCGCAACCAUUCCUGUUUUGUUACGUUUCUGUUAUGGGGACUUUAUGUUGAAAUGUACAAAGCAUUUGUAGCAGUUUAAAAAUAAAAUAUUUAAAAUUAUUUAAAUUGUUUUGGACACUUCAAUUGUACUAUAUGUGAUUUACGUUUUACAUUUUUGUUGGAGUUGUUAACCUGAAGAGUGUUCCUGUAUUGAAGUGUGCUGUUAGUUAUUUUAUUGUUUCUUGUUGGAGAGUGAUAUAAAAGACUAUUCUAAUGAAAACAUUAAAAUUUACAAUUUGACAUACAAAAGGGGUUGUCCGUUGAUUUUCACCAAUACAGCCUUGAGAGAGAGAGAGAGAGAG